ACGAGACUGCCGGACUGCCUAGAGAUGUCGGACGGGAGCGGCCAGAGCCGGGGCGGCCACCUGCCUCCUCACUCCCCGCCCGGCCGCCGCCGGUCAUCCCGGGGGCUGCAGGGGGUCAAAGUGACUAGACAGGUGGAACUGGAGAAAGUGUUGGGGAUAACCAUAUCCAGUAACAGCGCUCUGACAUGCGACCCCAACUCCGGGCUGGUGGCUUAUCCCGCGGGGUGUGUCAUCGUGCUUCUAUGCCCGAGGAAGAACAAGCAGACCCACAUCUUCAACACGUGCAGCAAACCUCUGAGCGCUUUGUCGUUUUCUCCGGAUGGAAAGUAUAUUGCGUCAGGAGAGAGCGGACACAAACCGGCCGUGCGCGUCUGGGAUGUCGCCGAGAAGACCCUGGUGUCUGAAAUGGUCGGACACAAAUACGGCGUGUCCUGCGUGUGCUUCUCUCCCAACAUGAAGUACGUUGUGUCUGUGGGAUAUCAGCAUGAUAUGGUCGUCAACGUGUGGGACUGGAAGGUUAAUAACAUCGUCGCAAAAAACAAGGUUUCCAGUAAGGUUACUGCGGUGUCUUUUUCCGAAGACAACAGCUAUUUUGUUACGGGUGGAAAUCGCCACGUCAGGUUCUGGUACAUGGAGACCUCCAAAAAACGCCAGUCUGCCUUGCAGGUUAACGGGACGGUGCCUCUGGUCGGCCGCUCGGGAUUAUUAGGGGACCUCCACAAUAAUAUAUUUUGUGGGGUUGCUUGUGGCAAAGGGGCGAACGCUGGAAAUACCUUCUGCAUAACGUCUUCCGGAGUGCUGUGUCUGUUCAGCGAUAAGAGAGUUCUGGAGAAGUGGAUUAAGUUAAAGGUAUCCGCCUCGAGUUGUUUGUCUGUGACAGAGAAGCUUGUUUUCUGCGGCUGUGAAGAUGGGGUCGUCAGGAUGUUUAAUGCCCAGAACCUCCAAUACCUCACGGAUCUGCCCAAACCCCACUUCCUGGGCGUCGAUGUUACCCUGGGACUCGAUCCAAGUGCGUUAUUUGCUAAACAGCCCAAAUCGUGCUAUCCGGAUACCUGUGCUUUGGUGUACGAUGAGCUCAACCAGUGGCUGUGCUGCGUGUACAACGACCACAGUCUGUACGUCUGGGACGUCAAUGACACUAAAAAAGUGGGGAAAGUGUACUCGGCGCUAUACCACAGCUCCUACGUCUGGAACGUGGAGGUAUAUCCUGAAGUUGAGCAGAAGCCGUGCGUGCCGCAUGGAUCGUUUUUCACGUGUGCGUCUGACAAUACCAUCCGUCUCUGGAACACGGAAAGAAGCUCCAACCCUAACCUGAAGAGGAAUAUUUAUAGCCAUGAUUUGCUAAAGGUGAUUUAUGUUGACAAUAACAUACAAUACCUAAGAGAUUAUUCAGGGACGGCUGACAAGAGCGAUCCGAGAGACCCAAAAAGCGGGAUACGGGUUCUCAAAGUCCGUCUCGAUGGGCAGCAUUUGGCUUCAGGCGACAGGGCAGGAAACAUUCGAAUAUACGACCUGGGAAUUUUCGAUGAGUUUCUGACCAUAGAAGCGCACGACGGGGAGAUCCUGUGUCUGGAAUAUUCCAAGCCCCUAUCAGGCGUGACGCUUCUUGCUUCUGCCAGCCGAGACCGCUUAAUUCACGUUCUAAAUGUGGAGAGCGAUUACUCCCUGAUGCAAACCCUCGAUGAUCACUCAUCCUCCAUCACAGCUGUCAAGUUUGCAGGUGAGGACGACCAGAUGCAUAUGAUCAGCUGCGGGGCCGAUAAGAGCAUUUAUUUCCGCCCAGCGCAGAUUCUCCCAGACGGGGUUAAUUUUAUCCGGUUGCAUCAUAGUGUGGAAAAGACGACCCUUUAUGACAUGGAUGUCGACGUAAGCCAGAAAACGGUAGCUGUCGCUUGUCAGGAUAAAAAUAUCAGAUUAUACAAUAUUUUGAGCGGUAAACAAGAGAAAGCGCUCAAAGGUUCUCCAAGCGGAGGGGCUUUAUUAAAGGUGCAGAUGGAUCCGUCUGGGACGUUUUUUGCCACCAGCUGUUCCAAUAAGAAUAUCUCCCUCUUUGAUUUGCACUCCGGUGAAUGUGUGGCCGUGGUGUACGGGCACGCAGAUAUAGUGACUGAUAUGAAGUUCACGUAUGACUGCAAGAGAUUAAUUACAGUGUCUGGAGACAGCUGUGUGUUCAUCUGGCGGCUGGAUUCUGCUCUGACUACCAGCAUGCGUCAGCACUUAGAAGAAACGGCUCCGAAGACAAACCGGGUAGAAACGCACAUUUCUCAUUUACUUGACGGGACUGCUUAUGAUGAUUUUUUCAUGGAUAAGACUUGUGAGGUAGAAGAUCCCACAGCCAUGACGCCUUCGAAAGCCAGUUUUGAAGCAGAUCCAAGCUUUUUGCAGACCAACGGGAAGCUUCCAUUGUGGGUGAGAAAACUGGACAGGGAGAAGCAGGAUCCUUCCAGUCUCGGCUCGCAAAAUACUUAUCAGCCCCGCGGACGAUGGGCUCAGUGUGACGGCAACAUCGCCAUCAAGAACCUCUUGGACUCGGAGAGCCAGAGCUGCUUCAGCACCCCGUAUCAUGACAAAACCGAGACCUCCUUCCUGGAUGACGUGACGGAUGUGGAAAACGUUGAGCCCAAGAACCUGCAACAUCUUCUAGAGCAGUCGGAGGACACCGGCCACCACCUAGCCAAUGGCACGUUCACCUACGAAAUGUUCAUGGUCAUGGAAGACACAGACGCCAAGUGCCAAUCUUCCGAGUCGGCGGGCGACAUCUAUUACCCUUCAUCGUUGCAGAUGUCUCAGCAGGAGGAAAGUGAUUUUUCCGUGGAGGUUCACCAUACGUUAUCCGAAACGUUUGACGUUGAAGAUGGCGAAAGUAUGAAUGAAUUUGUCUCGCGUUGUCUGCAAGAUGAAGACGAGGAGGAUUUCACGCCGUCGGAUAUCUGUAGCGAGGCAGACGCGGAUGACGACGACUUGCAGGAUAAUUCUCAGCCCCAAUCACCCGAGCAACAGAGGUUCUUCAUGGAACAUUUUGGAAACCUGACCGAUGCUUACACCGAAGAGAAGUUUGACAACACAUUGAAGGAUCUGAAACCUACAGAGGGCGAUGACAGCGAUUUGUUUCUUAAUCCCCGUCUGAGCAUUUCUUCCAAGUUUCUGUCCCUGUGUCAGAAGAGCAGCCGGCAGGCAGACGCAUCCCUCCCUAACGGACAACAGCCGGCCGGUACCACAAAUACUACGGUCGAAGCAGAACAGGGGCGGCCGUAUAAUCCCCGCAAAUCAAUAGAGAAGCCGGCAGAUUACAGAUCAGGUGAUCUCCAGGAGAGGAGAAAGUCUGCGAAGGGCUCAGAUUUAUCAAAGACGUUGCCCAGUCUGCAGAAACUGCCGUCCGUGGACAAGGCGGCGUCCAGAUCCUCGUUUCCCGGAUGCUGGCCGACCAAGGACCUCUCACUGAACAAAUCUAGUAGGGCCAAGUCGUACAUGGAGGCGACGGCUAGCUCCAAGGCCAAAAUAUGCCGCAGCGUGUCGAUGGGUGAGAACAUUAACACGUCGCAAGUCGAGGAUCCUAAGAAGCCGUCUAACCUGUGCAGGCCCGUGUCUAGUGUCGAUCUGUACUCGUUCGAGCCAAGGAGGCAUCCUCUCGCGGAGGACGGUUCAAACAAAUUGCUGCAAACCUCUACAAAACAAGAUCUGAUACCACCCGAGAGCCACGAAGCAAAAGUAAAGUCCUCACUCAGCAUUCCUGACGUAUCUGAUCACAUUUUAAUGCCUCCCCCGGCAACCUGCGGAUUGCUUCCCCGAUUAAAGAAGAAAGCGAAAUCCGUCAGUAACUUAUCAAAGGCAAACGGAAAAGACGAGCAAAGCGGUCCAGUCCCGAAGCAGAAGUGCGACGCUGCGAAAAGACUAAGCGUUCACGAAAAAACCACGGACUUCCAGGAAAUUCCCAAGAGGCGCUUUUCAUCGGCGCACAGAAUGCCAGACUUUCCCGACUCCAGCCGGAGGUUUUCAGUAGCAGAGUUCCUGACCCAUGACGCCUGCGUCUCUUUAGUGGACGAAGCCCCUCCGGAUCCUGAGCCCCCGUUCUGUAUGGAGGGCAUGCGUUCUGCCAAACGCUUCGCCUGCCUUGCUGCCGGUCAGCUCCAUCACGGAGUGAGUUGGCCUGAGAUCCUUCGGUCACAGAGCCUUUCUAUUGAUUUCAACGAGAGAGCUUUCCUGCCGCUCAUCGUCCAAUCGGUGGCGAGAAUCAUUGCUGUGUAUCUGUGUGAAUCAGCGAUUGAUGAGCUUCAUGGCGCGUUUCAGAAGACGCUGAAGGUUUAUAAUGAGAUUGAGAGAGAUGAUGUUUCCCACGAAGAGAAGGCACAGUUGAGAUCUUUGUUCUCGAAGGCUUUUGAUGACAUUCGGAGUGAGAUAGAUUUGUUGGGAGGAGGAGGACAGAACAUGAAUACAACUCCAAACGGCAUGCGAUACCAGAACCCUACGCUUGACUUGCUUGAGCAUUACUCAGAAAUGAUGCUGAAGCUGAUGAGGGAGAAGAUCGGCAGCAAGUGA